AUGUCGAAUUUUGUAUUGGGUGUCUUGGCAGCCACUUUAGGGAACGUAUGCAUUGGAAGUGGACAAGUACUCCAAAAAUAUGCACUGAAUAAGCUAGAUGCUGAAACAUCAAAUCUACCAACUUCAAUCAAGAGACCUCGUCGUAAACAGUCGUCGCCAUCGACAUCAUCAACAAGUGAUGAAGGUGUGGUGAAGAGAACGAGGUUUGGAUCUCCAUUGUGGUGGGCUGGAAUGGCACUGUGCUAUUUUGGUGAAGCUGCUGGAAAUAUGACUGCCUUGUCAUUAAUCAGUGCUUCUAUUGUCACUCCACUCGGAUGCAUCGCAGUAAUCGUAAAUGCCCUACUCGGCAAAUACGUUCUCGGCGAACAAAUCACAAGUCGUCAACGCUCUGGAUACAUACUCGUCAUCCUCGGUGUCUUUUUUAUCCUCAUAGCGUCUCCUAAAACCUCAAAGUCCUUGGGUGAAACGAUACCUGAGGUGCUUGCUCAAGUGAACUCUCUGAGAUUUACUAUCGCUUUCGGAGCGUUGUGUCUGGUAUCUGCGACCGUAAUUUAUGGUAUUCUGGUGGUUAAGAAGGAGACGCUUGGAGGGUUUGUUGCUGUUUCAAGUAUGUUUGGAUGUUGUGUCGUUAAUACGAGCAAGAUAUUGAGUACUCUUAUUCGAGUUAGCGCCAAUAGUGAUGCCAAAGCUAUUGAAGAUGCAACCGUAUCUGUCAUUUCACUGGUACUGAUAUUGGUGGGAAGCAUAGUCGUUCAGGAGGUAUUCAAACAACAGGCCAUGACCAAAUUCAAUGUCAGUGUCUUCUUUCCGAAUUUCUUCUCGGCAUUCAACGCUCUCGUCGGUUUUACAAGUAUAAUACUGUUUCGAGAAGCCGAGACCACCGCCGCAGCAGCACGAUUCCUCUUCAUCUUUUCAUGCGCUCUUGGGAUUGUUUAUAUUGGGUCUGAUCGUCUUCAAGUCACUGAAGAUCCUAGAGGGAAAUUGGAGGAGCGUGUUGAUUGA